UGACAGCUCUGUCUUCCGCACCUCUGUCCGUCCUACACCCGCAGGUACGAGCCGCGGGGGCCGCAGGGUGGGUGUCCUCCUCCUCUCCCGUCGGUCCUGCCCCGGAGCCGGGCGGGGUGUCGCUGAGGGAGAGAGGGAGAGAGAGAGCCCCGCUCCUCCGCCUCUGCUGCUCCAACUGUUUCUGGACUUUGGGCUGGUUAGCGUUAGCCAAACUUAGCUUUAGCUCGCAACGCAUAGCACCGCACACUUCCUGUUUGGGCUCCGCUCACCUGUUAGCUAGCUGUCAGCGACCUGCUUUACUCCAAAACCCCAUUUUUUUUGUGUGUAAAACAGCGGCGAGGAUCCCACUUCAGUGACUGUAACGGAUUGUGUACAGAGCUGGGGCGAACAGGAGAGGGAAGGGGAGAGCUUGAACCCUGGUCUCCCCCGCUGACCCUGAGUAAACCAGCCAGCCAUGGAUGACAGCUCCUCACUGGGAAAAGUCAGCAGCUCCACCGAGUCCGUGGCCACCGUCACCAGUGAGGAGUUUGUUCUGGUACAGCCCAGUGCAGCAGGGUCACCACAGGGCUCUGAGGGCAAACCGAGACUCAAGAUGUCUUGGAAUGGAAGCGAGCAGCUGGAAAGAGCCAUGGAGGACGUGCUGGAUGAUGAUGAUGAUGAUCAGGUGAAGGUGGAGGUGGAGAAGAGCAGCGUGGAAAAAAUGGAGAAGCACAAGGACCCAGAGAGCCAAGUCCUGGAGCCACCGCCUCCAGAAGCAUGUCCAGCACCGUCCAGCCCCGUGGUCCUGGAGGAGGACAGUGUCCAGUUUAACAAGCUGUCCUACCUGGGCUGCACCUGGGUCAAAGCCCCCCGCAACGAGGCAGAGGCACAGGGGGCCAUGACCACCCUGCGAGCAGAGAGCGCCAUCCCCAUCCCCAUCACCCUACAUGUCCCCUGCGGACCAGAUGGCUCAGUCAGGAUUGUGGACCAGGCUUCAGGUACAGAGAUCGCCUCCUUCCCCAUUUACAAGGUGUUGUUCUGCGCUCGCGGACAGGAGGGCUCAGUGGAAAGCGACUGUUUCUCCUUCACCGAGAGUUACCGGAGUUCUGAGGACUUCCAGAUCCACGUCUUCUCCUGCCACAUUAAAGAAGCUGUCAGUCGGAUCCUCUACAGUUUCUCCACAGCCUUUCGACGCUCUUCUCGGCCGGCAGACAUCAGGGACACGACGCUGUCCGGUCCGCCCGACAGUGACCUCUACACCUUCACUGUGUCGCUGGAAAUCAAAGAGGAUGAUGGCAAGGGCAACUUCAGUCCAGUGCCAAAGGACAGAGAUAAGUUUUACUUCAAGUUGCGACAGGGCGUCCAGAAGAAGGCCGUCAUCUCAGUUCAGCAAAUGUGCAACAAGGAGCUGGGCAUUGAGAGGUGUUUUGGGAUGCUGCUGAGUCCAGGACAGAAAGUCUGCAACAGUGACAUGCAUCUACUAGACAUGGAGUCGAUGGGGAAGAGCUCUGAUGGGAAGGCCUACGUUAUCACAGGAACGUGGAACCCCAACUUGGCUGUCUUCCAGCCAUUGAAUGAAGACACACCUAAAGAUAAACAAGUGUACAUGACGGUGGCAGUGGACCUGGUCGUGACCGAAGUGUUGGAGCCGGUUCGUUUCCUGCUGGAAACUCUGGUCAGGGUCUAUCCAUCAAACGAACGCUUCUGGUACUUUAGCCGGAAGACCUUCAGCGAGACCUUUUACCUCAAACUCAGACAGCAGGCACCAGACCGGGUUGGUCCGAGCGAUGCUAUGUAUGAGGUGGUGAGCCUUCAGAGGGAGGCUGAGAGAAACAAUGAAGGAAGAGGACAACUAGCCUCGCCCACUGAGGAAGAGGAGGUUGAUGAAGAUAGCGACAGUGAAAUCUCUAGUGGGACAGGAGAUGUUUCCAAAGACUGUCCUGAGAAAAUCCUGGAGUCCUGGGGAGGAAUCCUCAACAGAUGGCAUGGAAACCUGUCCACUCGUCCAAAGGGUUUGUCCCCACUGGUCCGCAGCGGCAUUCCUGAGCCGCUCAGAGCUGAAGUCUGGCAGCUGCUGUCCGGUUGCCACGACAACCAUGACCUGCUUGAGCAUUACCGCAUCCUCAUCACCAAGGAUUCAGCCCAGGAAGGUGUAAUCACCCGCGACAUCCACCGCACCUUCCCUGCACACGACUACUUCAAGGACUCUGACGGAGAUGGACAGGAUUCACUGUACAAGAUCUGCAAGGCCUACUCUGUCUAUGACGAGGAAAUUGGUUAUUGUCAGGGUCAGUCGUUCCUCGCUGCCGUUCUCCUGCUGCAUAUGCCUGAGGAACAGGCCUUCUGUGUGUUAGUGAAGAUCAUGUAUGAAUACGGCCUCAGAGCUCUCUACAAGAACAACUUUGAAGAUCUUCACUGCAAGUUCUACCAGCUGGAGAGGCUAAUGCAGGAACAGCUUCCAGACCUGUGGUCCCACUUCCAGGAGCUGAACCUGGAGGCGCACAUGUAUGCCUCCCAGUGGUUUCUUACCCUCUUCACUGCCAAGUUCCCCUUGUGCAUGGUGUUCCACAUCACUGACCUGCUGCUCUGCGAGGGUCUGAACAUCAUCUUCAAUGUAGCCCUGGCCCUGCUCAAGACGUCUAAAGAGGACCUGCUGCAGGCUGAUUUUGAAGGGGCUCUCAAGUUCUUCAGAGUCCAGCUCCCGAAACGCUACAGAGCUGCAGAGAAUGCCCGAAGGCUCAUGGAGCAGGCCUGCAACAUCAAGGUUCCAACCAAAAAGCUGAAGAAGUUUGAGAAGGAAUAUCAGACGCUGAGAGAGAGCCAGCUGCAACAAGAGGACCCCAUCGACCGAUACCAGAGGGAGAACCGUCGUCUUCAGGAGGCCAGUAUGCGACUAGAACAGGAAAACGAUGACUUGGCCCAUGAACUGGUCACCAGUAAGAUCGCCCUUCGGAACGACCUGGACCAGGCGGAAGACAAAGCUGAUGUUUUGAACAAAGAGCUGCUGAGCACCAAGCAACGUCUCGUGGAGACGGAGGAAGAAAAGAGACGACAGGAGGAGGAGACGGCUCAGCUGAAGGAAGUGUUCAGGAGGGAGCUGGAGAAAGCAGAGCUGGAGAUCAAGAAAACCACAGCGAUCAUAGCUGAAUACAAACAGAUCUGCUCCCAGCUGAGCACCAGACUGGAGAAGCAGCAGGCGGCGACAAAAGAGGAGCUGGAUUUAGUCAGGAGUAAAGUAUCGGGCUGUGAUCACUGUCGAGACCUGUUCAGCACCCUUGGGACCCUCCAGGUGUCGUCCCCCGGCAGGGACAACACAUCCAGCGAGCCGCAGGACGAGGAGAAGGACGGGCUGAAUGAGCAGCUGAGGCAUCUGGAGCUGGAGCUGGCCCAGACGAAGCUGCAGCUGGUGGAGGCCAAGUGUCGCAUCCAGGAGCUCGAGCACCAGCGCGGAGUCCUGAUGAACGAGAUCCAGGCGGCCAAGAACUCUUGGUUCAGCAAGACUCUGGGGUCCCUGAAGAGCUCCACCUCCUCGUCCUCCAGCUCCACAUCCCAGACGCCGUCCUCUCCGAAGGAAGGUCCUGCCUAGAUGUCCCCUCCUCCCGCACGCCCCCUUCUAUAUAUAUAUAUAUAUAGAUAUAUAUAUUAUCUAUAUAUAUAUAUAAAUAUAUCCCCCUGCAGGGAUGCACACGAGCUGAGGAACACAGAUUGAGGAAACAAGCAGCAGAGAAAUGCAGUAUUCCUUUUCCAAGUGGUGGCGCGGUGCAGCUCAGCAGCUUCUCUGAUGGCAAAUAGCUGACAAGAUGAGGAGGUGGGGGACGGGAGCAGCCUCCUGUCUUUCUCUUCAUGUUUACAUCUGAGUGAACAAAAAAACAUUUCUUGAGCUUCUCUGCUUCACAGCUGAUGUUACAAGUGAGUGUGGGUCACGAGUGAGGCUUUAACUUUCUUUAAAGGGUCAGGGGUCAUCAAAAGAAUGGCAUCGCUCAUGUAGUGGGACCUUGUGGACAGACAUUGCCACUGCAGCGUUAUUAGUCCUUUUAACUGAUUUUAGGUAGCUGAGAAUUAAACCUACAAUAUGUUCAGUGACAGUGAUACAGCUACGUCACAUAGAUUAAACUGUCACAGCCUAAAAAUCUACAAGAUCCAUCUUCAGCGCAGCAAAGCCACGGGAAUCUGAAAAAGGAAUACUGCAUCCAAGGUGUUAAACAAGAACAACAUAGAAGUUGUAUUUCUUCAUAGUAAUAUAACGUAAACAAUGUUGUCAUAUAAAUAUGUAUAAGUAAUUAUUGAUUUUUUUAAAUAAUCCUGUACAGUUCUUUAAGAGAAGAAGAAAAAGAAAAAACAUAAGGAAGAGUUUUGUUAAUUUUUUUUUCUACUGUUUGCAAUUUGAAUGUCGUCUCUUUUUCGAUGUUGAUGUCUAAGCACAGUGUGCGAUCGAUGUGGUCGAGUCCAAACGCUGAAGAGACAAAGUGUCAAUGUGCAGCGGUUCUAUUUGUCCCUGCUACUUUUCCAUAAAACUGAUUUGACGAUCAUAAUCUCGAAAUUCAACAGAAAAAUCUGAUUCCCAUCUCAUUCCUCUGAGUAAAUUGAUUGGAUUUUCCUGUUUUGCAGCCAUAAUAUUUAUAAAACAGAAAAGGGCCUUCUUCACUUUCUGCAAAUUUCACUCUCAGAAUUUUCUUUUUCAUUUUUUUAAGUUGCACUGACUGACGUCCAUUACAGUUUCUAUAGGUUUUUGCGUUCCUCGUUCACAAGAAGGUAUUUCCUCUGUUCAGUCUUUACAGAAACAAAAAUGGCUUCCACGGGGCCAGAAAGGUCACAGCCAAACAAACACUGAGGUGAUCUCUCAGUAAUGUUGCACAAUGUACUGGACGACUUCACUGCUUCACACAGGUCAUCAACAUUUACUGUAGAUAGAAGUCAGUGCAGUACAAUUGGAGAUAAAAGUAUUUUAUAUAUCAGAAUUCAUCCCUACAUUAACAGCAGGUAUAAUGAACAAGAUCAGGCUAAAUGCCAUCAUUGACAAACACGUUGACACUUUGUUUUAUCUUUGUUCUGGUUGUGAGUUCAGUCUUGAAAGGACGACAACGUCACUGUGGAAGCCAGAAUCUCCGGUGUCCACAGUGGACAGUUGUCAGUGUUGCUCUGUGCUCACAGUUCAGUUAAAAAUAUACUACAAUAACUAUAAUUAAACUAAAAUCUCAAAGCAUCUUUAUUGAUUUUAAAGGAGAUUAAGUAAAACUUCUUACCUGUGACAUUGAUACUAGUAUCUGAAGACACCAGGAGGAUUGUGUUGUCUUUACUUCGUUGACAAACAGCAGUUAACCAAAAAGUCUCUUUUACUCGAACAUGAAAAGUUGUUUUUCAUGUCGGUGCCAACAGUCUUGGUUUAUUCUCCGCUUUUCUUGAAUCGGUGUUUGGACUCACACGUCGUCCGUGUGUGUAUGAUCGAGUGUUUUGGGAUGUGUGUGUAUGUAUAUGUGCGUUUUCCACUGUAACUCAAGUGGCUGAAGUUGAAAUGGUUUCUUCUUCACCUGGCUGCCUUUUCUGUUGAUGACUGAAGCCGGUGGCUGCGUCAGCUGUGCCAUAAGGUUCUCACCACUGCUCCGUCCACCAGUGGUUCUUUGUCUGUGCCGACCUGAACCAGCCUCAUGAAUCCACCAUUUCAUCUGGUCUUACAGAAACAUCAUCAUUUUCUACAGUCGCCCUGUGUCACACAUCUCCACCUGGAGCUUCCCACAACAUCCACCGCCCCCUCGCUAACGGCCACUAAGCAACCCUGCUGGAGGAAAUCUCUUUAAUAACAUGAAAAGCAAGAAAAGGAGGCUGACUUCCCUCAUCCCCCUGUGACGAUUACAGUGUCGUACAACCAGUGUCAUGUAAACUGAGGCCAAGUGGGAGGGAGCAGCCCGUCUUUUAUGUGCACUAACACAACAUUGAUAUUUUAACUUCAAGACGUGUGUGUGUGUGUUUGUUUAAAAGUUACCCUGAGCACAGAGCAUAAUUAUUUUUUAACUGAUGAUUGUCGUCGCUGAGAGGACAGCUGCCAAUUUAUAAUCUGCUUCCAACUCCCAGUUAAUUUCCACGAUCAGCAGGCGGUGAGUCGGAUCAGAAGUGUGAAUGUGUGUGUGUGACACCACAGUCCCGUUACAUGUGGAGCCACUGAUCCUCGACCGGUGCGACUCCAACACUGUUUGCUGUACAAUAUCUGUGUGGCCUGCAUUAAUAAAUUCCAGUUUUUCAGUU